CAGAAUUUGCAGGUUAGGGCCCAAAGUAUGGCGGGAUCCAGCAGCAGCCAGGGGCCGGAUCCCGGUUUUUGCAGUGCUCAUGCUCCGGAUGCAGCGGGAGGCGGGAGCAUCAGGAGCAAUUAAGCGGAGUCUCUAUUUUGACGGUACAAUUUAGGGGCUUGGGUUUUGACACGGGCAGCAUCUGGCAGGAUCCAGGUAGAUCCAGCUGUUCCCUUCUCCUGGCACAGCUCAGCGCAGCGGCCUUGGGCGCUUGCCAUAUUCGGCCACGGGCGCGGUGACCACCCCCACCCCGUACGCCGGGACAGGCGAGCUCGAGGCUUUGAAAAUUCGCCUCCGCUGGGAGCGUCUAAAAUGUUCUUGGCACCCGGGGCGCGGGGCGCUGCAGCGAGACGCGGGGCGCGGGGCCAACAUUCGCUCCAGCUCCUCCACCGCGCGAGGCCGAGUCUCCGACACCCCGGCGCUGCCAUCGGCGUGCUCCCGCGGCCGGGCUCGCCUGAGAGCCAGCCCCACCAUGCAGCGAGGCCAGGGCUGGGUGCUGCUGGCAGCUCUUCUCAUUGCUGGGCUGGGUCACCCCGCAUCCGAGGCCUUCAAGAUGAACAGGCGCCCCGUGCGGACUCGAACCUGCGUCGACCGGCCGGAGGAGCUGCUGGAGCAGCUCUAUGGGAGGCUCACCGCGGGCAUGCUCAGCGCCUUCCACCACACUCUGCAGCUGGAACCGCAGGAGAAAGACCAUAACGUGAGCUGUCCGGCAGGGGGCAGAGCAGCCAGUGAGAAAAAGUACCGCCUCCCUAUUAACCUGCACAGCGUCUCCCCCUGGUCUUACAGAAUUUCCUACGAUCCCACAAGGUAUCCCAAGUACAUUCCUGAAGCAUACUGUCUCUGCCAGGGCUGUCUCACUGGGACUUACGGCGAGGAGAAUUUCCACUUCCGCAGCACCCCAGUGUACAUGCCAACUGUCAUCUUACGCCGCACUUCAGCUUGUGCUGGGGGGCGCUACGUGUACACAGAGGAUUACGUCACUAUCCCUGUGGGGUGCACUUGUGUCCCGGAGCAGGAAAAAGAGGCAGACAGUGUUAAUUCCAGCAUAGGUAAGCAAGAAAUGAAGUUGUUGGUAAACCAGAAUGACAAGCCAGAAUCUGAAUGAGAAGCAUUCAAGGAACCCAGUGUACAACAUUGGCUUCAAGUUAAUAUUUCACUGACUCAGGAGGUUAUAUAGCAAUGGGGGGAAAUAAUUUUGUCUUUCUAACUACAACUGUUGCAGUUAUAAGGGGGAGGCUGUGUUCAGUAGAUUGUUACUCAGCCAUGGCAGACAAGACACAUCGAGUAAGAAAGAUCUUUUCAAAGUUCAGCUUCUUUAAGUUUGUAUUGUUUAAAGUUAAACACAAUUUUAUUAUAUCCUUGCUUAUUUUGGAUGAAUUUUUAGAAGGGGCUAUGUAACAUACCAGCUACUUUCAUAACAAACUACUGUUUGCAAAUACUUUACAAUAAUUUUAUAGUCUGUCUUUUGGUAAUUCUAUAUAAAAGUCAUUUAACUACUCCACAUGUCCCAUGUUAGCAGUAGAAAGGAAGCCAGUAAUUCUGAUUGCUGGGGUCCUCUUGUUACAUUGCAGACUGUAAAACUCCAAGUGAUGUUCUUGGCUACUACAACCAUAGUUAUUUAGAGUCUACAAAAUGGGAAACCUUUGCCACUUAGUAUUUUUCAACUGUGUUGGAUUGCUAAAGUCAUUCAUACAAUACUCAAUAAAAGGAGACACUCAUAAGAACAUAAGAACGGCCAUACUGGGUCAGACCAAAAGUCCAGCUAGCCCAGUGUCCUGUCUUCUGACAGUGGCCAAUGCAGGUGCCCCAGAGGGAAUGAACAGAACAGGUAGUCAUCAAGUGAUCCAUCCCCUGUCACCUAUUCUCAGCUUCUGGCAAACAGAGGCUAGAGACACCAUCCCUGUCUGUUCUGGCUCAUAGCCAUUGAUGGACCUAUCCUCCAUAAACUUAUCUAGUUCUUUUUUGAAUCCUGUUUUAAUAAACUGAGUUAAUAAACUGUCUUUAUUAUUGCUAAAUUCUCCACGCUGCUACGAGUACAAAACCUGCUGAUAAAACAUUCACUAGAAUGUUACAAAACUGUAAUAAUAAUUUUUCUGAUAUGGUUUAACUCUUUCUAGUAGUAAAAAGACACAUAUAUAAUAAAGAGACAGACUCUGGGACACAAGUAUUCUACAUUAUACCCCAUUCCUUGUCAACCUCUCAAUUGUUAGUCAUGACAGCUGUAUCCUGUAACUUUGCAAGCCUUCUCAUGUUGACAAUAAAUCCCACUGAGGGAAAGUCAAUAGUAAAGAGAACUAAUGAAAUUCAGCUAUUUGUA